AUGUUUGGUUCAACGUAUGUCUUUGUCUAUACGAACAACACCAGUCUUGAUGCUUGCACGUUUGCUAAAGACCGUGAGCGCGCUGUGUAUGGCCUGAAGGAGAAGAACCUCGCCAAGACCUACAUCAAACUGAUCCCACUCGGCACAAGAGAUCCAGAUGCGAUUCGCUUGCUCAACUGGAAGAAGCCCACCGAAAAAGAUAAAAGCUCUGGCGACUUCCCUACAGUUUUGUACGAGGUUGUGAGUAAGCGAUCCUCCGUCGUCGAGGGAAGCCUGUCAGUCCAUGAUUUGAACGAAAUCCUGGACGACUUGUCCAAGAACAUGGGCAAGCAGGACAUUCAGUCCAGGAUUCUUCAGCGUAUCUACAAUCGUGCUACUGCUGAGGAACAGCGAUGGAUUGUACGCAUAAUUUUGAAAGGCAUGUUGUUCUCUUCCAUUAUGGCUCCAAUCAUGUAUCAACUUUCCAAGAUAUGGAUUAUUUCUGUAAAGGAAACCACUGUCUUUGGCGUGUUCCAUCCAGAUGCGCAAGAUCUAUUCAACAUCUGUUCGGACCUCAAGAAGGUUGCUUGGGAGCUAUGGGAUCCUUCAAGGAGGUUGAAUGCUGAGGAUAAAUCCAUUCAAUUGUUCCGUGCAUUUGCGCCGAUGCUGUGCAAAAGACCGACCCAUAAGAUCGAGGAUUCGGUGAAAGAAAUGCAAGGACAUAAAUUCAUCAUCGAAGAGAAACUUGAUGGCGAGCGCAUGCAGCUGCACAAGCGCGGAAAUGAAUACUUUUACUGUUCGAGAAAAGGAAAAGAUUACACUUACUUGUACGGACAGCAUGUCGGGCAGGGCAGUUUGACUCCUUUUAUCGACUCUGCGUUCGAUGAACGGAUCGACGAUAUCAUUCUCGAUGGAGAAAUGCUAGUCUGGGACCCCGUUUCUGAACGCAACUUGCCAUUUGGUACCUUGAAGACAGCUGCACUUGACAAAUCAAAGAAGGAGCACAAUCCCAGACCAUGCUUUAAGGUUUUUGACCUCCUCUAUCUCAAUGGCAUGUCCCUCCACCAGAAAUCGCUCAAGUUCCGCAAACGCAACCUGCGCGCAUGCAUCAAAGAGAUUCCAGGCCGCAUUGAAUUCACCGCGGAGUUCGAAGGCAAGACCGCCAAAGAUGUUCGGCAGAAGAUGGACGAAGUCAUGGCAUCAAGAGGGGAAGGCCUCGUGAUCAAACAUCCUGACUCCGAGUACAUCUUAAACGGAAGAAACAAGGAUUGGAUCAAGGUUAAGCCGGAAUAUAUGGACAAUAUGGGCGAGACCGUGGACGUGUUAGUAGUCGCCGGCAAUUACGGCACUAGAAAACGUUCAGGAGGUGUCUCGACACUCAUCUGCGCCGUCCUCGACGACCGACGCCCGGAAGUUGACGAAGAACCGAAGUACAGUACCUUCGUCAGAGUGGGCACGGGCUUGUCAUUUGCAGACUAUAUCUGGCUCAGACAAAAGCCUUGGAAAGUAUGGGAUCCAAAACAUCCGCCAGAAUUUCUACAAACUGCAAAAAAGACAUACGAAGACAAAGGCGACUUGUAUCUGGAACCAGAGGAUUCGUUCAUACUGAAGGUUAAGGCAGCUGAAAUCACGACUUCAGAUCAAUAUCAUUUGGGCGUUACAAUGAGGUUUCCUCGAGCUCUGUCGAUUCGCGACGACCUGUCCAUUGCAGAUUGCAUGACUGCAUCAGCUGUUCUGGAGAGCAUGCGUUCCGAGCGUAAAAGAAAGAUGGAAAGUGAUGCUGGCAUGUCCAAGAAGAAGCGAAAGAUGACGGCAAAGAAGGCAAGCGUGGCAACUGUCCUACCACAAUAUCAAGGACCUGAUCUACGUGGAGUCGAGAUUGAGUCAGACCUUUUUGAGGAUAUGAAAUUCAUGGUAUCGUCAGACCCAAAAUCACGAACAGGCAACCAAGACCGUCAGGAACUGAUGAAGUUGAUCCAUGCCAAUGGGGGUAGCUGCGUGCAGGUCGUUACAUCCAAACAGCCUAUUACAGUCAUUUAUGGAGGAACGACUACGCCUUACGACAUUAAGCUAUUGAUUGACAAGGACAGUGUUGACAUCAUCAGGCCUCAGUGGAUCACGGAUUGUAUACACCGGGGAGAACUCGUCCCUCUCAAAAAGAAGUACUUCUUUCACGCAACCCUAGCACGUCAAGAAUCCGACGAUUAUCAUCAGCUGGACACUGACGAGGACCAGGAAAUGACUGAUGGAACUGUAGAGGAAGACGCGAGCCUGAAAAUUCCAAUCACCCCAGAAGGCUUCGAGCCGAAACUCGAAGAAACUAAGGACAUUGAUCCUGAACUCAUGGACUGGUUUCAGAGGAAGAGUCUGACUGCGGAUUCGAACAACGAUGAUGUCAAAGAGGAAGAUGUUGAUGAUGAGUGGUUCCAAGUGCCCCGCAGUCCCGCUGUUAAGCCCUUUGAUGACAACUCGCAUACCACGCUUCAUUCACAGUCACAGGCAUCUGUAGGUCUCGUGUCUUCCAGGCUAUCGGCUCUCACCGUCGGUGGUAGUUGCUUUUACCUUGACACGCCAAGCAAUGCGCAGAGAAACGGGAUGCCGGUGAAAACCAAGUAUGAACAAGAGAUCUGCACCACCUUCGACCAGGUUUCAAGAAGCAUUCUGGAGAAUGGUGGAAAGAUAGUUGCACUCGACGAUCCAAAGCUCACGCAUAUUGUUUUGGACAAGCGAGAUGACUCGCGUCGACUGACGCUCAUGCAGCGUACCUCGAGACCUAAACGACGCCGAUUGGUGAUAUCCGAUUACGUGACAGCUUGUUUAGAAGAAGAAUCGUUGCUUGACGAGGAAGAUUUUGCUCCGUAG